UACCCAAAUGCUUUUGCAAAAUAGAUCACCUUCGUCUUCCCUCCCGCUGCGAAAGGAAAAAUCUUAGCUUUUCCAGUUCUCCUUUCUGCGCUUUCUCAAUGCUUCUGUCCAUUGCUCACUCUCCUUCUUCUCCUCACUUUCUCUCCAAAACCGCAUCGACCCCGUUUCCGUUGCCCUCCUUUCCGUCCUCCUCAUCACUCCGCCUUAAAAACCCUAAACUCUACAUACCCCAUUGCCGCUCCUCCUACCAAGAAGCUGUUGGAAAAUCUGCCAUCCAACGCAUAUCCGAGAAGCUCCGCAGCCUUGGAUACCUCCCCGACGAUCCGGCGGCGGCGGCCGUCGGCGGCCCCCCACCGACAGGUCCCGGUUCUGCUGGUGAAAUAUUUAUCCCCACCCCUUACGAAAUCCCCAAGCACCGCGUUGGCCACACCAUUGAUUCUAGCUGGAGCACGCCAGAGCAUCCUGUGCCGGAGCCUGGCUCCGGCAACACCAUCACCAGGUUUCGUGAGCUCUGGAAGAGGGAGCAGGAGAGCUCGACCGCGGCUGGUGAGAAAGUUAAGAUGCCGACAGUGGCGGAACUAACGCUACCUCGAAAGGAACUGAAGAGACUACGGACCUUGGGGAUUGCGUUGACAAAGCGGCUCAAGGUGGGGAAGGCUGGGAUAACCGAGGGAAUUGUGAAUGGAAUCCACGAGAGGUGGCGGCGAUUAGAGGUGGUCAAGAUCAGGUGCGAAGAUGUCUGCGGCAUGAACAUGAAGAGAACUCAUGAGAUUUUAGAGAGAAAAACUGGUGGCCUAGUUGUUUGGAGGUCUGGAAAUAUCGUUGUCUUGUAUAGAGGGACAAAUUAUAAGUAUCCUUACUUCCAUUCUGGAGAAGACAAUAGUGAAAAGCUGGAUGAAGAUUGUUCUAAACCCGACUUGAAUGGUGUAACUGAUAAAGAGCAUGGUUCAAGCUCUUUAUCUACAAUUGCAGCAAAUACUUGUAUUGAGUCAAGUGGUAGCAGAGUUCGCUCACCAUUUAUUUCUGGAGUUGGUUCUCCUAAUAAGUUGCGCUUGCAAUUGCCUGGGGAAACUCAGCUUGAAGCUGAAGCUGACAAGUUAUUAGAUGGAUUGGGUCCAAGAUUUACUGAUUGGUGGGGCUAUGAUCCUUUACCAGUCGAUGGUGAUUUGUUACCAGCUAUUGUUCCAGGAUUUCGUAAGCCAUUUCGUCUUCUUCCCUUUGGGUUAAGGCCCCAACUGAAAGACAGGGAAUCAACAAUUCUAAGGAGGCUUAGCCGACACGUACCAUGUCACUUUGCACUAGGGAGAAAUAGAAACCUUCAAGGUUUGGCAGUUUCCAUUAUUAAGCUAUGGGAAAAAAUUGAGGUUGCAAAAAUUGCUAUAAAACGGGGUGCACAGAAUACUAACAGUGGGAUUAUGGCAGAAGAAUUGAAGGUAUGUUGGCAGCUUUCUUUUUUUCUGCAGAAAUUAACUGGUGGAACACUUCUUUCGAGGGACAAGGAUUUUAUUAUCUUAUACAGAGGAAAGGAUUUUCUGCCACAUGCUGUAUCCAUUGCGAUAGAAGAAAGGAGAAAUUGGAAUUCUUGUGAUGGGAAGCCAAACAAUGAUGAAGUAACACCCUUUGUGAUGAAUCUCUCUUCUAGUGGAAGGUUAUCCAACUCCUCUUCAGAGAUUGAAGUUAAAGAAAAAGCUGAAGGAAAAAGAUCCCUAAUGACUGUAAGAAAUCUCAAAUCUGCAAGCUCAUCUAUUAGAAAGGUGGAGGCCAAGUUAAACCAGGUCAAUCAAAACAUAGAGAUGACUAAAAAGCAUAUUGCAGAACUUGAGAGAUUGGUUGAGCCUACAACUGUUGAAUUUGAUAAGGAGGGCAUCUCAGAAGAGGAAAGACACAUGUUACGGAGGGUAGGCCUUAGAAUGAAACCAUUUCUAUUACUUGGUAGAAGAGGUGUUUUUGAUGGAACUAUUGAAAAUAUGCAUCUUCAUUGGAAAUAUCGGGAACUUGUAAAGAUAAUCUUUAACGACCGGUAUUUUGAAAAUGUUGAAAGUACUGCUCGAACCUUAGAGGCUGAAAGUGGUGGCAUACUUGUGGCGGUUGAGAGAGUGAGUAAAGGUUAUGCAGUUGUUAUCUACCGUGGGAAGAAUUACCGGAGGCCUGCAAACUUGAGGCCUCAGACACUCCUAAACAAGAAGGAAGCACUAAAGCGUUCUCUUGAAGCUCAACGCUAUGAGUCUCUGAAACUUCAUGCUUUGCACCUUUCAAAAACUGCAGACCAGUUAGAUUAUAAGAUUGCCAAUAAUGACUUGAAGAUGAACAUGCUUCUCUCGUCUGAGUUUGAGGGGUCAAAAUCCCCCAAUGACAUAAGUGACAAUAUUGGACCAUUGGAAAUAGAUAAUGAUAAUGGUUCUGAGCCUGAAAUAGAGUCUUAUACAUCUUUUCAAUCGGACUUUAGCGGAGAAAAUGUUGAGAAGAUGGUUGUUUUGGAGCAUCAAAAUGAGAGUCAUGACGCUGAGAUGGCUGAGCAUUGUUUGGCAUCCAUGAGGAAGGUUUCUAUGUCUGGCAGUGAGGGAAAAUCUCUUGAUCCCGAGCUAGUUCAAACUUCAACGCCCACUACCUGCGCUGAGUCUAGUGCUUCUGAGGAGCUAUCUAUAAAUGUUUCAUGUGGAGGUGCUCACAGUUUAUUGGGCUUAUCUUCUUUGGAAAGUAAUGGUCCACGAGAAUCAGAUGUUGAAUCUAUCUUCAGAUCAUCUCCUCUUUCAAAUCGAGAAAGACUUCUUCUGCGCAAGCAAGCUCUCAAGAUGAGGAAGCGUCCCGUUCUAGCUGUUGGAAGGAACAAUAUUCUGACUGGUGUUGCCAGAACAAUUAAGACGCACUUCAGGAAGCAUCCACUUGCCAUUGUGAACAUUAAUGGGAGAGCCAAGGGAACUUCAGUCCAAGAGUUAGUAUUUGAGCUAGAGCAAGCAACAGGGUCGGUUUUGGUCUCUAGAGAGCCCAACAAGGUAAUCUUGUACAGAGGCUGGGGUGAAGGAGACGCAUGUGGAGGCAUAAAGAAAAAUGGUGUGAGCAACAUGUCUAUGGAAGUCAACGAUGGGUUAGUUUCCCAUCAGCUAAUUGAAGCCAUCAAACGGGAAUGUGGAUUACCAUCUGCUGAAGCACAAUAAGCAUUCGUAUCUGUUUGCUGAUUGGUUUCAGUUGCAAGGAUGGCAUGUACUGUUGUAAUGUGAUGCAUGAACAACAUAGCUUUGUAGUUUUCUCAGUGUUUUGGCUUUGCUUUGUUGUUGCCUCUAGAUUCUUCACUUGUAAGGAUUCUUUAAAGAAACAAUCUUUUCUACUCAUGAGGGUUCAAAAGAUCACUUUGCCAUCAAAAUUGAAUGCCUUCAAAGAAAAGCAAGAGUUGCAUCAUAACAACUGUGACAUCAUUGAGGAGAGUGCUAAGUUAAAAAAGGAGUAUGUGAUUUAUGUUUCCAAAGACUAUUUGCAUUUAUAAUUAGAUAAUUAGUAGCAUUUGAACAAGCUAAAGUUUAAUUAAUUUUCUUCAAAGAAUUAAUGUUCUAAUGAUGAUAGGUUAGAAGAGCACCUUUGUAUGGAACUUGAAUGUCUUAGAAUUUGUUUGUAUGUAAAAGUAAUUAUUGUUGAAAAUAUAUUAGUUAUAACUC